GGGCUCUGUGAAAUUUCGUAUAUAAUAAACUCCCGUUCUCACUCUUCCGACUUCUGUUCCCUUUGCCUUUUCUUUCUUUGACUGUAUAUUUGUUUAUCUUUAAACCUUUACAUUCCUUUUACGCAUACCCAUACAAUGAAGGCUCUUAUUUUAGUUGGUGGUUACGGUACUCGUUUGAGACCAUUGACCUUAACCGUCCCAAAGCCGUUGAUCGAGUUCGGUAACCGUCCUAUGAUCUUGCACCAGGUCGAGGCCUUGGCUGCUGCCGGUGUCACUGACAUCGUUCUUGCCGUCAACUACAGACCAGAGGUGAUGGUUGCCACCUUAAAGAAGUACGAAGCAGAAUACGGCGUCAACAUCACCUUCUCCGUUGAGGAAGAGCCACUUGGUACCGCCGGUCCAUUGAAGUUGGCGGAAGAGAUCUUGAAGAAGGACGACUCUCCGUUCUUCGUCUUGAACUCGGACGUCAUCUGCGAGUACCCAUUCGCUGAGUUGGCUGCUUUCCAUACUGCCCACGGUGGUGCUGGUACUAUCGUCGCUACCAAGGUUGACGAACCAUCUAAGUACGGUGUUAUUGUCCACGACAUUUCCACUCCAAACUUGAUCGACAGAUUCGUCGAGAAGCCAAAGGAGUUUGUUGGUAACAGAAUUAACGCCGGUAUCUACAUCUUGAACCCAUCCGUCAUUGACUUGAUCGAGGCCAAGCCAACUUCCAUUGAAAAGGAAACCUUCCCACAAUUGGUCGAAAAGAGAUCGUUGUACUCUUUCGACUUGGAAGGCUACUGGAUGGAUGUUGGUCAGCCAAAGGAUUUCUUGGCCGGUUCCGCCUUGUACUUGGCCGCUUUGACCAAGAAGAAGUCUGCCAAGUUGGCCUCUCUCACCGAAGAAUACGUUAACGUUGGUAACGUCAUGGUCGAUGCCACUGCCAAGAUCGGUAAGGGUGCCAAGAUUGGUCCAAACGUCGUUAUUGGUCCUAACGUGGUUGUCGGUGAAGGUGCCAGAAUCGUCGGCUCCGUCAUCAUGGCUAACUCUAUCAUUAAGGAGCACGCUUUGGUCAAGAACACCAUUGUUGGUUGGAACUCCGAGGUCGGCAGAUGGGCCAGAUUGGAGGGCUUCACCGUCUUGGCUGACGAUGUCAAGGUCAAGGAUGAAAUCUACGUCAACGGUGGUAAGGUCUUGCCUCACAAGACCAUCUCUGCGAACGUUGAGAAGGAGUCCAUUAUUAUGUAAGAUCAUAAUACUCUUCGCGCAAGCCUUUAUGUAAUAUCACCCCCCUUUUCGCUUCUAAGUUUUAGCACUUGU